GGCAGGGCUGCCAAGUUUGGGCUUGUCCUCUCUUCCUGUCCUUAUUUGGCGCUCCAGGUGAUAAGACUGAAACGUAAAAGGGGCUGGGAGCCCCUUGCAGCAAGCCGGCUGCCACGGAGAGAGGAUGGCCAGCAGGAAGGCGGGGACCCGGGGCAAGGCCGCGGCCACCAAGCAGGCCCAGCGAGGCUCUUCCAAUGUGUUCUCCAUGUUUGAGCAAGCCCAGAUCCAGGAGUUCAAGGAAGCCUUCAGCUGCAUCGACCAGAACCGUGAUGGCAUCAUCUGUAAGUCAGACCUUCGGGAGACCUACUCCCAGCUCGGGAAGGUGAGCGUUCCGGAAGAGGAGCUGGACGCCAUGCUGCAGGAGGGGAAGGGCCCCAUCAACUUCACCGUCUUCCUCACGCUCUUCGGGGAGAAGCUGAACGGGACGGACCCCGAGGAAGCCAUCCUGAGUGCUUUCCGCAUGUUCGACCCCAAUGGCAAGGGUGUGGUGAACAAGGAUGAGUUCAAGCAGCUUCUCCUGACCCAGGCAGACAAGUUCUCUCUGGCUGAGGUGGAGCAGAUGUUCGCCCUGACGCCCAUGGACCUGGCGGGGGACAUCGACUACAAGUCUCUGUGCUACAUCAUCACCCACGGGGACGAGAAGGAGGAGUGAGCUUGGCGCAGCUGCGACUCGGGGCCGGUCCUUAGGGACACCACAAUAAAUGCUGUUUCCCAAUCA